ACUUGGUUAAAUCAGCGUCUUAUAUUAAAUAUGGGCGGAGCAAAGAAUCCAAAAGCAGACGACAUGUCCUAUGCUAAGAAGAUCCGGAAGCCAAUGAUUGAGAAAAAACGAAGGGAAAGGAUGAAUAAAAGUAUUUCACAUCUGAAGUCGCUAAUCGCACAGACUAUUCACCAAAAUACUGCUCCAAUGACAAGAGUGGACAAAGCAGACAUUCUAGAGUUAACGGUGUAUCACCUCACGCAGUUACAACAGCAACAACAAUCUGUUACCAUGGCAAAAGAAGCUGCUGCCUAUAAUGCAGGCUACAAGGCAUGUGCACGAGAAGCUGUGACGUAUUUGACAAAGAAAACAAGAACUAAUGACGCCGUGACUGGUUCCCUCAGCAAUCAUCUACAUAAUUCAUUCCUCUUGAGCAGCAGACGACAGGGACCAGCAAUAACUCGGUACAGUAAUCACGAGAGCACAAAUCAAAACAUACAAACCAAUCGUCUUUCUACUCCCUUAAGACCAUGUGACACCUUUAAUACGUCAUUACCAGAAUUAAAUUUAUCAGGAUAUUCACCAAUUUUAAACAGUACUCAAGCACUUCCGGAACUUACGUCAUCAUUUGUGCACGCGAGUCUCGAUUCCAGUUCUUCUUCAGGCUUCUCAAGCACUUUUGCAACUACAUCUUCGAGUGAUUCUUACAGUUCCUUAUCCGAUUACAGUAAGGUGAAUGAUUCUUGCUCAGAUAACGACGAAAAUGACAAAGACUAUUGUAUAGAUGUUGUUACAAUUGGAACUGGAAAGGAAAAUGAAAUCGGUCACGUUAUCAAGGAAGUUCCAUGGCGGCCAUUUUAAACUUAUGUGUUUAUAAAUGACUUCUGAUGAAAGGAAGAUAUAUCAAAUGUGCUAUAUUUAUUAACUUUAAGUGAUGACAAAUUAAAGAACAUUAUUU